AUGAAGCUUCUUGUCCACACACUGUGUCUCUGCCUUGCCCUCGCUCUGGCAUGGGCUGAUGUGUAAGUAGUUUUAGACUUUACCUUUACCUACUUUUUGGAAUUUAAUAUUUGAAACAGUUUGUGAAGUUGAUAAAAUUCGUUUUGUAGGCAGCUGGUGAUAUGACAUUUUGAAAGGGUUCUGAAGAGAUUAUGACUUCUUGUGCUCCUCAUGAAUUGUAACUUAAAUCCUAAAUGGGGAGCAGUUUUUACUUUGUAAAGUGAGCAGGAGAUCUGCAUCAGCAAUAACUGUUAUUUUUUGUCUUUUUUACCAGGCUUGAGGAAAAUCCUCAUGGUGGGUAAAAAAAAAGUUUUGUAAACUCCUUAGUGAGACUUUUUUUUGAAAUAUUAAAACUGCAUUUAUGCCCUGCAGAUGACCUUCACCAUACAGAUCCCCAUGGACAUCCCCCUGACCGGUGUGAGGGCAUUGAGAUGGAUGCUGCGACUGUGAAUGAAGCUGGAGUCCCAUACGUUUUCAAGGGUAAGCUGAGGAAUGGUUGAGACUCUUCAUAUGGUCUAAACUGUGGAAACAGUUCUAUCUCAACAUUGUAUUCUGUAUCCUUGUUUAGGUCACUCCCUGUUCAAGGGCUUCCAUGGCGAAGCAGAGCCGACCAAUGAGACCUUUACUGGACACGAUGAUAAUUUCCACCUGAGCCAUAUAGAUGCUGCUUUCCACAUGCACAAUGAACACAACGCCAGCGAACACGACCACACGUUCAUCUUCUCGGUAUGUUCAAAGUCUCCAAGAGUUUAAAAGUGGCCCGCUAAUACAAGAUCAUUUUGAAAACGAUUGAGCGCAUUAUUUCACAUGAACAUCAUUGCAUAUCUGUCAUGAAAAAGAGUUUUAUGAACCUGAGCAGAUCUCGCUGGUGUUUCAGAUAAUCUUUGUGUUUUCUCACCUUCAUUUUAAUGAUUAACACAUGAAAAGAUUGAACUGUAACAUAUGUGACAGAAAGCCCAGCUGGAACCAAAUGUUAAAUGUUACAGUAUAUUUGAUUAUGUAAGCCUAAUCUUUAACCUAUCUUUAUUCUUUAAUAUUAUAUAUAUUAUACAUAUAUUUUCAAAGCUCUAAAUGGCUUUGGCCCAUCUUAUUUAUCUGAUCUGCUUUUACCUUAUGAGCCAGGUUGAGCCCUCGGGUUAUUUCUUAACCCUCACAUACUGUUCGAAUCCUGUACCCUCACAGUAUGUUCCGGGUCAAAAUUGCCCCUUCAAAGAGUUCAAAGAGCAGCUUUCUGUCACAGAAAGUUCUCUUGACUAGUUAGGUCAUUUUGACCUCUGUCUAGGUGUGUCUGUGUGACUGUAUGUCUGUGUGCGUGCGUGCGUGCGUGUGUGUUUUUGUCAAGGUAAUGAUAGUUUCAUAAUGAUUUGAAUAUAUCUUUUUGAACAACAAACCUUUUAUUGAACACUGUUGUUACUGUUUGUCACUUGUCCCACACUGCUAGAUCUAAAAUCCAUCUGAAUAUAGAUACGGGUCAAAUUUGACCUGUAACAGCCUUAGAGGGGAAAAAAUUUGUAGCACAUAAACAAAAAUACACAUGAAUAUUUUUAAAUUAAUUUCAUGUAUUUUGGGCAACUUCAGGAGAAGUCAUCAAGUUUCAGGCUUAAAAAAUGAUGUAUAGGGUAUUUUUUACUGCUGUUAAAAGUCAAAACGGGUCAAAUUUGACCCGAACAGUCUAUGAGGGUUAAAUUUCCUUUUAUGUUUCUUUGUUUUUCUAUUUUAAACCUCCAGCGUUUCCUUAAUUUUAAAACAGCGUUUCCUCAGUGCACAUACUCCUGUUUAUAUUAAACCAAGCCCUCUUUAAGUUCAUGCAUUUUAAUACAUGUUUCUAUUGUGCUUAGAUUGCAGGGUGGGACAGAGGGGUUGGGUUGGGAUAGAUUAGAGUUUUCUUUGUUUCUUUUAUUCCUCUGCUAUGUCGAGCACUUUGUGUAUGUAAAGUGCUAUAUAAAUAAAGACUUGAUUGAUUUGAUUUGAUUUGAUUUGAUUGUGUAAGCCUAAUCUUGAACCCCUCUUUCUUCUUUAAUACAGGGCCCUUCGGUGUACAGAUUUCACCAACAUAAACUGGAGGAAGGUUACCCCAAGCCCAUCUCUAACGAGUUCCACGGAAUUCCUGACCACCUGGACGCUGCUGUUGAGUGUCCUAAAGGAGAUUGUGAGGAUGACCUUGUCAUCUUCUUCAAGGGUUUGUUUACAGUGAUGAAAUGAUAUAAUUCAACAGCCAUAGUGUAAGAUCUGAGUGUUUUUGAGUGUUAAGGAAUUUGAGGCAAACUCAAAGCAUUUAGCUUCUCAUGGGUUUGAAGGGCCUUAGUGCUGUAAUCCUCACCAUGUGAAUAUAACACAUCAGCCUAUGCCUGAUUUAAAUAGUUGAUUUCACAGCCUUGUGAUUAUUUUCUUAGUACUUCACGUCAUUUUCAUUUGUCAAACAUCUCUUUAAUCUCAUGUGUGGUUGUUUGCUGCAGGACAUGAAAUCUUUCACUUCAACAUCAACUCCAAGUCAGUGGCUGUGAAAGAGUAUGAAUCCAUGCCAAACUGCACGUCUGCUUUCCGCUUCAUGGGGAACUACUACUGUUUCCAUGGACACAUGUUCUCCAAAUUUGACCCCAAGACAGGCGAAGUGCACGGCAAAUACCCCAAAGAGGCCCGUGAUUUCUUCAUGAGAUGCUCCAAGUUUAGUAAGUGAAAAAUGUGUGUAUUCAUGCAAAGUCAAAAAGCACAAAUGCUGUUGUUUUACAGCUUUAAAUAAUUGAAAUAUCGGCCAUGACAAUAAAUGUUUUCAAAGUUUCCAACAAUACUUUUUCAGCGUUAUACUGCAAAUGAAUUCUGAAAGUGAAGAGACCAUCAAAGCUUUUAAGGUCAUGUUUUACAUUAGCAUUAUGCUCUUCUGUUGUCCAGGUAAUGAGAGCAACCAUGUUGAAAGAGAACGAUGUAGCCGUGUUCCCCUGGAUGCCAUCACAGCUGACAGCGCUGGUCACAUUUAUGCCUUUAGAGGUGAGAAUUAACUGUAGGCUACAUUGCAUUAAUAUAAUGUAUGGACUCAGGGCUUUAUGUAAAAAGACAGUCGUUUUUCAAGCUCUGUCCACGAAUUAGUUAGGACUGAAGAAACCUUUUAGAUGAGAGGUGAACCAUCUUCAAGAACACGAUCCAAGUCCCAGUGUUUUUUUGGUUUAGACAAUGGAUGACUUGGAUGACUGACAGUCUUCACAGACAUGUUGGGGUGGCAGAUGAAAUGUUUAUCAUUUGCACUGUGUCCUUUUUCAAUUGGACAUUGUCACUGUUUGCUGCAUCUCUAAGUGACUCCUGUUUCUCUCAGGCCACUACUUCCUCCGUAAAGAUGACGCCAACGACACAAUGACUGCUGAUACCAUCGGGCAUCUUUUCAAGGAGGUGCACAGUGAUGUGGAUGCUGUUUUCUCACAUCAUAAUCACCUUCACAUGUUCAAGGUAAACUACAGAGGCAAACACACACACUUAAUAUUGAUCUUGUCAAUUUGUCAUCAAACAUAAAGCACUAAUAUACAAUUUCUCCUCCUUCAGGGUGAAAAUGCGUAUGCUUACAACGUGGCUGAGCCCCAUGAUCACCUUGACGGUAAUCCCAAGACUGUGAAAGAGGUCCUGGGCUUAGAUGGUCCCAUUGAUGCUGCAUUUAUCUGUGAGGGGGACAUUGCUCACGUUAUCAGAGGUAAAGAUACAGACAGCAACUAUUAGAGUAUCCAAAGCUUGGAGCGAUUUAGGAAAUAAUUGGGGUAGCAGCUAAAGGUAAGUCUUUCGGUGCUGUCUAAAAAUGUGCCACUUAUUAUCCUGACCUAGGUGUUUUAUGACCCGAAAAUCACAUAAUGAUUCAAUGCUGGUAAAAUACUGAUUUCUUCCUAGAAAACAGGUCAAGGAAGAAAAUGUGCUGCUCAGUUUUAAAUUUAGAAGCAAUAAAGAAAAACAUAUUUUAUUAACCUUCCUCCUGUGUUAGCUUUUACUACGCACCCACCAUGUUAAGGGUCAGUUUUAACCUGUGUCUUAAAUCAGCUGUAAAUUAUACUAGUGUUUUAUGGUUUGUUUUUAGUUAUUUGUUUCCAUGUUUUUAAAUUAGUUUUUAAAAACAUUGAAACUAUAUUUUACUUUUUAAUUCUGCUUUUAUUUUACCCGUUGUUUUGAUCGUUUUUUGAUUGUUUUUAUGCCUGUGUUGUUUUUGUCUAUUUAUGUACAACACUUUGUUCAGCUGUGGUUGUUUUAAAGUGCUUUACAAAUAAGGUUGAGUUGAUUUGAGUUGGGUAAAAACAAUUCUCUAUCAUCCAAUUUGGCUCUCAUCUCUAGGUUACCUUGUUAGGCUUCAUUAUCCAUGAAAAUAUUGCUUAUAAUAGUUUUUGUAGUGUGCCUCUGGGCCUUUCUUUGUCAGUGGACCCCUCAUACAGACAUCUAUAAUGAAUUGAUCUUACAUGUCUGGACUUGCCGAUGUUGUUUUUUGUGCAGAGAAAAAGAUGGUAAAAUGAGAAUUUUCUAAAUCUCAAAUGAUUGGAAGAGGAUCUGGCUGUCAGUGUGGUGCCUGACAGUGCACUUAUGAUUUCAGUUUUUGCUCUAAUUAUUAAAUAUUGAUCUAACCAGGAAUAGCAACAGCAACCCUAACAUGUCAAGUGCCAUAAUUUUAAAAAGGGCAUUUUAUAAUUUAGUCAAUUUAAUUUCUUGUUUUUUAUUUUGUUGAAAUAAAGGUUCCUGACGAAGUCAAAAAGUCUUGAUGCAAAAAAGCUAAUUUAAGUGGUUCUUUCAAGCAUUUAAACUCAAAAACAAGUCGGUACAGACCCUAACACAGGAGGAGGGAUACAUCAAGUACUCACGUUUCUCUCUGCUUCAUUCCAGGUCCAAACAUGAUAUCUGUGGAUAUGAAGGCAAACCCUCCAGCUGCUGUUAUUGAGCACCCCAUUUCAAUCUUUAAGAAAGUGGAUGCUGCCAUGUGCCACGGUGGGGGACUAAAAGUAAUCGUUGGCAACCACUUCUACCACUUUGAUGACCCCAUGGGGUUGGUCUCAGCAACGACCGCCCCUGAACCACACAAGGUCUCCAUGGAGCUGUUUGGCUGUGACCACUAA